CGGAACACACGUUAGAAUAAGCAGUUUAGAAGGUUUACGCCAGCAGUUGUCUCACGAAAUCCCGCUGUGCGGGCUAACCACGAUAAUUUUACAAAGGCUAACCAUUAUUUUCCUACUCUACCAAAAGCCGACUGCUGCUUCUGUGCCUGCAACUGCAAGGAAAGUGCAGAGAAAGUAGGGAAGCUGACUUUCUGGAUGCCAUUUCAGUUAAAACAAACUAUCAUGAGAGGCUGCACAGUCACUGUCCUACUCGUCACUCUCACACACGUUGCUGUGGACGCCGGUUUCUUUAAACUAAUGACCGGGUCAGCGUUGCGGAACGUUGCCAAAGCUCCAAAAAUGCCAAAGAUACCAAAACUGGUGCGGAACCUUGGCGCAGUGGUCAAAAAGCAAAAGAUCGACCCGCACAUCGACCAGAAAAUUGAUGUCAUGUUGGAUCUGGCUCCCAGCCCCUAUGAAGAAGAACUAGACACUGGAUAUAACGACUGCUGCUUCUGUGCCUGCACCUGCAAGGAAAGUGCAGGGAAAGAAGGGAGGCUGACUUUCUGGAUGCCAUUUCAGUUAAAACGAACCAUCAUGAGGGGCUGCACAGUCGCUGUCGUACUCGUCACUCUCACACGCGUUGCUGUAGACGCCGGUGUGAUUACCAAUAUAGUGGCCGCGACAGCACCGUUGCGGAACAUUGGCAGAACUGCAAAAAUGCCGAAAUUGCCAAAAAUGCCAAAAGUGAUGCGCAACGUUGGUGCAGCGGCCAAAGAGCAGAAGAUCGACCCGCACAUCGAACACAAAAUUGAUAUAAUGUUGGAUCUGGCUCCCAGCCCCGAAGAAGCAGUGCAAGACACUGGAUACAACGGAACUGGCAUCUCCGGUAACCCACUGUCCAAGGAAUUUGCGGUGAUACAAAUAAGGUGCAGUAAUUGCCUGUGCAAACUUUUUGUGAAGAUAGACCAAUAUGGAGCACAAAUGGGCUGCACUCAAGCGGUGAAAAAAUUACUUUGUUCUUGCCCACCCGCAAGCUGCUAUAUGAACGAAGUUACGAAGUGUCUAGAAAAGUGGGCCACCCAAAAGUGCAAGUAUGAAAGCCUGUUGUUCACUUGCCCCUGAUUUCGCAAUAAAGGCCUCGUUAUCAAACUCCG